GUUGUGAAGCAGGUUUUACUUCGAGACGGUUGUGGAGAUACCUUGCUCUCGUGCCCACUCCAGGGAAGAGGAGCUUCUGUGCUUACAUUGAGACAUAAUCGUGUUUGUGGACUUGUCUAACUGACCAAACGUAGGGCUUGCCGGAUCAGGGUUUCGACAAGAACUCGAUAGCGCUGGAGUUCCAAGUUUUCCGGGAAAACUUCGAUGGAGUUCUGACUCCGGAUCGUGGUGGAUCUGCGAGGAGUUGCUGCGAGAAGCUUCAUUUCAACCUGCGUUUCCAUGGUUCACUGUCCGCCAAUGUUAACCUCCGAGAACAACCUUCGAUACGCCAUAUCAGACCUCUUUUCCGAACCCGCGGAGAAACGUCCUGCAUUGGCCCCGACGCGUCAGCUGCUCUCCCGCAAACGCAAGUUCAACUUGACGUUCAGCUCUCCCCACGAUGAGCCCCGUGCGACUUCGAAGCACAAUAAUUUCAAGAUCUUGCCGGACGAGGUUUUGCUCAAGAUUUUCGGGUACCUGAGCCGGAAAGAUCUGAGAGCAUGUAUGCUGGUCAGCAGACGCUUCAAACGAGUGGCAUGCGACUCCGAAUUAUGGCACAGUGUUGGUUACAACCGGGGGAAGUUUGCAGAGAAGGCUUUACUCCUCGAAGUCAUGCGGGGCACGAAAAUGCUCUGCAGUGCUUGUGCUUCGUCCCGCUUCCACCUGACGAAGCCUGUGCAACUCCCUCGACUACAAUUGCAAUUUGUUGAUCUCACAAAUGCCGUAGUUUCCCACUACCUCUUGACGGGCCUCCUCCAAGCUUGCGAUCAGCUAAAAGGCCUAUCGUUAGAGAAUCAAGCCUUGAGCGAUGAGGUGUGUGAAGCCAUAGGUCGAAACAAGAACUUAGUCACUCUGAAUUUGUGCAUGGUGUCGGGAUUGACCUUGGAGGGCGUGAAUCACAUCCUGAAGGGCUGCCGUCGUCUCAACAGUUUCAAUGUAGCCUGGUCAACAAUGGAGAAAGAAAGUCUGGCGCAAUUGGUAGGCGCCCUACCGGUCACUCUCAAGGAGCUGAAUAUAGCUGGAUAUACUGAUUAUCUACAGGACAAUCACGUCGCGAAGUUAUGUGACAGCUCUCCCGAUUUGGAGUUGCUCUGCAUCUCGGAUAAUCGGACGCUGUCGCCCAAAACGGUUAUCACAAUAUCUGAGAAGCUGCACAAUUUACGCCACCUUGACCUGUCGAGAUGCCACCAGUUGUUUUGGCCGGAGUUCGUCUUCCCGUUGAAGAAGUUGACGAAAUUCGAACAUCUGUCAUGUUACGGAUUCCCCGAAGAACGCUAUGUCGAAGAGAUCCGAGCAAUCUUUCCCAAAUUCAAAGUGAACGAGGCGCACUUCCGGAACCUGUCAAGCAUAGCAAGACCACAGCCCUCUUAUGGCGCGGACAUCAAGUCUCUCUGGGGGGUCCCGAUGAGAUGCUGA